AUGGUUUGUCUGAAGAUGUGGCAAUAUUUCACCCGCGCUCUGCACCGGCUGCAGAAAGGACCAGGUUACACCUACACCAAGCUCCUGGUUUGGUAUUGUGAGAACACCAACACACACGGACCCAAGCGCAUUGUAACUGAAGGGCCCAAGAAGCGGAUGGUGUGGUUCAUUCUGACUCUGGUGUUCACGGGGCUGGUCUGUUGGCAGUGGGGGAUCCUGAUCCAGAGUUACCUGGCCUGGGAGGUCAGUAUGAACCUGCGGACUGGCUUCAGAGCGAUGAACUUCCCUGCUGUCACCGUCUGCAACACAAACCCUUUCAGGUACACAAGAUCCAAGCAGUUAUUGCAACAUUUGGACAAGUUUGCCAAACUUGCAUUGGAACGUAUUUACAAAUACAACCAGAACGGAACAAUUCCAGAGGACCUCCCUCUAUCACAGACAAACUGGAGCAAGGUGGCGUCACUAGUGAUCAUCGAGAAGAGUGACCAGGGGGAAGAGACUGUGCUACAUGUCCUGGGAUCAGAUCAAAGCCAAACCCACUCAGCAACGUGGAACCAGCCAUGGACAGGGACCUACAAGGUGUCACUGCAACUGUGCAAUCAUGACAGGUCAAGCUGUAUAUACAGAAACUUCAGCACAGUGAUGGAGGCGAUGAGUGAGUGGUACUCCCUACACUACAUGAGCAUCCUGUCCAACAUGCCUCAGUCAGACCGCAAGAUGAUGGGCGAGCAGGGCGAGGAUUUCAUCCUCGCCUGUGUUUUCGGUGGGCAGCCCUGUAACCUUGAGAACUUCACACUGUUGAUGCAUCCAACUUAUGGCAACUGUUACAUCUUCAACUGGGGUUUGGAGAGCGAGGCACUGGUGACAUCCAAUCCGGGUGCAGGGUUUGGGCUGAAGCUGGUGCUGGAUAUCUCUCAGGAAGAUUACAACCCCUUUCUCUCCAUUGCAGCUGGAGCCAGGCUCAUGCUGCACCAGCAGAACACCUACCCGUUUCUCCAGGAUCUGGGCCUGUAUGCCAUGCCUGGCACAGAGACCUCCAUUGGCAUAUUUGUGGAUGAAAUAGUGCGUCUGGGUGGUUCCUACAGUCACUGUACAUUUGAUGGUUCGGAUGUGGAUGUGAAGACUCUUUACAAUACCACCUAUACAAUGCAGACCUGUCUGCACUCCUGUCUCCAGGAUCACAUGGUGAAAUUUUGUGGGUGUGGACAUCAUGACUAUCCUCUACCAGAAGGAGCAUAUUACUGUAACAACAAGGACAAUCCGAACUGGGGUUACUGUUACUACCACCUGAAGCAGCAGAUAGAAGCAGAGCAUUCAGAGUGCCUGGAGAGCUGCAAGCAACCCUGCAAUGAGACCCAGUACAGACUGACCAUCUCUAUGGCAGAUUGGCCAUCUGAAUCCUCGGAGGACUGGAUUUACCACAUUUUGUCAUACGAGAGGGAUUCCUCAGCUGCUGUUACCGUAAACAGGACAAACAUCUUGAAAUUAAACCUUUACUUCCAAGAGAUUAAUUACAGGACGAUACAGGAGGACCCUGCCCUGACAAUUGAUUGGCUUCCUUCCAAACUAGGUGGCCAGUUUGGAUUCUGGAUGGGUGGCUCCAUUCUCUGUAUCAUUGAGCUAAUCGAGAUCCUGAUUGACUGCCUGUGGAUCACUGUCAUCAAGGUGGUGAAGUGGUAUGCAGAGCGCAGGUCCCGUCGAGCUCGGGUGCAGUACUCUGACCCACCGCCAACCAUAGCCCAGUCAACCGAAGACCAUACCAAUGCUGGAUUCCAACCAGACCAGGCUGAAGACCGCAUAGAAAGGCCGUGUGCCCUGGUGAUCCCAGGGACACCCCCCCCUCAGUAUGACUCAUUUCGGAUCCACCCAAUUCACCAGCAGACCAUAACUUGGGAUAAUGGUGAGAAUUGA